AUGGCCACAAAAUACGAAUUGUCCAAAACCUAUCAGUAUCGCAAAGUGAUGAAGCCGCUGUUGGAGCGCAAGAGACGCGCUCGAAUCAACAAAUGUCUGGACGAGCUUAAGGAUCUCAUGGCCGAGUGCGUGGCUCAGAAUGGCGAGCCGAGUGCCAAGUUCGAAAAGGCCGACAUCUUGGAGGUCACAGUCCAGCAUUUGCGCAAGCUAAAGCAAGCCAAGGCAGUCUCCAGCAGUCACAACAAUAACAACAACAACAACAGUGAGCAGAGUUUCCGUGCUGGCUACAUUCGCGCCGCCAAUGAAGUCUCCCGCGCCUUAGCCGCCUUACCUAAAGUGGAUGUGGCUUUUGGCACCACCCUGAUGACACACCUGGGCAUGCGUCUCAAUCAGCUGGAGAGCGCUGUGGAACAGCCAACGGCAGUAAAUGCGCCACUUAGCAUCAAUUGCGGCUCGGGCUAUGCCCAGACCAGCUCCGUCGCCUACAGCCCCGUGUCCAGCGGCUACGCCAGCGACAGCGACUGCAGCUCCUCCUCCAUGAGCUCCACACCCAGGGCUCAGCCAUUGCUACAAGUUAGCAGCAGCAGCAGCGACUCCAGCGUCUGGCGUCCCUGGUAG